AUGUUUCCUAGCCCUGUGACAACGACACCCUUCUCGGUCAAGGAUAUUUUGAACCUGGAACAGCAUCAGAGCGGCCUGGCCUCCAUGGAGCUCUCCUCGCUGGCCUCUCCGUCCUGCAUGCUGGCUACCUUCAAGCAGGAGGCUUUCGGUGCCGAGCCCCCGGCCCUGCCCGGCCCGCGGGAGGAGCUGCCUGAGGCAGCCAAAACCACCUUCCCUGGCUCCUACUACGUUAAGAGCUACGUGGAGAUGGACUCGGCCAAGGAGACCAAGGCGGACAAGAAAG